AGAGCUAAGUUUGUUUGCUCGUAACUUUAACUUUUUCGGCAUAUGUAAGCAAAGAAAUCAUGGUGUCCUUUAGCAGUUUAUUAACAAUUCGCCAAUUAUUAGGCUACCAUGGAGUUAGCCAGUGUUUUCUUCACAUCCAAGGAAAAAAUUCCUUGCCUUUAAGUGCGGUCGCAAAAAAUCUCCUGAAUGUAUCUAUAAAAAGGUAUCUAGCUACAGUUGUGGUCCCGGGCUCGAAAAAAGUGUUUCAGAGGGACAAGCCUCAUUGUAACAUUGGUACCAUUGGACAUGUUGAUCAUGGGAAGACGACGCUCACUGCUGCAAUUACCAAAGUGCUUGCGGACAAAAAGAUGGCCAAGCUCAAGAAGUACGAAGACAUCGAUAACGCGCCGGAAGAGAGGGCUCGGGGAAUCACCAUCAAUGUGGCCCACGUCGAGUACUCCACAGAUAAAAGGCAUUAUGGGCACACAGAUUGCCCUGGCCAUGCUGAUUAUAUAAAAAACAUGAUUACCGGGACUGCGCAGAUGGAUGGAGCUGUUCUAGUUGUAGCUGCAACAGAUGGUGCUAUGCCACAAACUAGGGAGCAUUUAGUUCUUGCAAAACAGAUUGGAAUCGAACACAUCGUAGUAUUCAUCAACAAAGUGGACAGUGCUGAUCAGGAAAUGUCGGAACUGGUGGAGAUGGAACUUCGCGAGUUGAUGACAGAAAUCGGAUACGACGGGGAUAAAAUACCUUUCGUUUUCGGGUCUGCGUUGUAUGCUCUCGAAGGUAAAGACCCGGAGAAAGGAGCCAACUCCAUCCUGAAGUUGCUGGAAACCAUCGACGAACACAUCCCCACUCCGGCUCGAGAUUUGGACAAGCCUUUCCUUUUGCCGAUCGAGCACGUUCAUUCCAUACCAGGUAAAGGAACUGUGGCCACUGGCAGAGUGGAACGUGGUGUAAUAAAGAAGGGAGUGCAAUGUGAAAUUAUUGGAUACAAGAAAUACAUAAAGUCCACCAUAGCAGGCAUUGAAAUGUUCAAGCAGACAUUGGAGGAGGCUCAGGCGGGCGACCAAUUGGGUGCCUUGCUGAGGGGUGUCAAGAGGGACGAGAUUCGGCGUGGAAUGUUCCUGUGUCAGCCUGGAACCAUGAAGGCACACGACUUCUGUGAAGCACAGGUAUAUUUAAUGACUAAAAAUGAAGGUGGACGUAAAAUCCCCCUAGUUAAGCACAACAGGGCCGUGGUGUUCUCCAAAACGUGGGAUUGUGUUGCCGAAAUAGACAUGCCCGGGAAAGACAUGGUCAUGCCCGGAGAGGAUUCUACGUUGACGAUGAAAUUCAUCAAGCCGAUGGUCAUCGAGAGUGGACAGCGUUUUACCCUGAGAGACGGGAGCACAACUUUCGGCACUGGAGUAUUCACGAAGAUCAUGCCAGACCUGAACGAGCUCGAAAGGGACAAGUUGCUGAAAGGUCGCAAGAAGGAGAGGAGGGAAGCCGCAGCAGCUGAACUCAAGAAGCUGGCCGAGAGCUAGUUUUUCGUUUUCGACGCUCAUUAGUAUUGUCGUUUUUGUGUUCCCGUCUUUACUCGUAUCCUCCGAGAGAAAAAAAAGUUAGAAGUAUGAAGUAAGAAACUUAUUACGUUUUUACGGAAAAGCUGUGAAUAAAGUGUUGGUUGUUA